CACCCGACGUGGUUACUACUUAAACUGCAUUUUAAAUCCGCAUUUCAAGUCCGCCCUUUGAAAAAUCGAAAACACACACACACUUUCACAGUGGCUCUGCUUCUCUGGAGCUCUUGGAUUUGAUUUUCAGAGUCUAGAUCGACCACCGACCUGGCGGAUUCCGCCUAAAGUUUGGUGAGUUAAGACACAAAAUUGUUUCUGCAAUUGGGUGAAUUAUGGGUGAAGAGGAAACAAAGACUGAGGUCCUUGAGGCCGUGGCUAAUGGGACUGCUGCAUCAGGGAAAGCUGGUGAAGCUUUGGGUGGAAAAAAAGAGGAGGAAAACAAUGGGCUGAAAGAAAUGGAUGAAGAUAAGAAAGAUGAAAUGAAAACCGAUGUUGACAAAAUGGAUGAAGAUGUGCCGGUCAAGGAAGACAAGGCAAGCAAAGAACAAUUGAAAAAGGAAGAAAAGGAAGAACCAAAUGGUGAAGCCAUGGAAACUGAUCCAGUUAAAAAUGGUGAGACAGAAAAGGAGGGGAAAGAAGAAGCAGAGGAGAAGGAGGAGUCAGAAGGAGAAGAAAAACAAGAGGAUGAAGAGGAAGAAGGGAAGGCUGAAGAGGUCAAGCAGACUAAAGGUCCAAGGAAGCGUGGGAAAAGCAAAUAUGCUAGGGAGAAAGUCAAAGGGAAGACAAAGGAUGUACGAGCAAAUAAGCAGUCAGAGCCGAGAACUCCUGCAACUGAUCGCCCUGUACGUGAGAGGAAAACUGUUGAAAGACUGGUUGCAUCUAUUGAGAAAGACUCUUCUAGGGAACUCCAAAUUGAAAAGGGCCGUGGUACAGCACUCAAAGAUAUUCCGAAUGUGGCGUUCAAGUUGUCUAGAAGGAAGAGUGAUGACGUUUUCAAGCUGCUUCAUACAAUUCUGUUUGGAAGAAGAGGGAAGGUAGCAAUUCAGAUCAAGAGUAAUAUAUCCCGAUUUUCUGGUUUUGUGUGGCAUGAAAAUGAGGAAAAACAAAAGAUGAAGGUAAAAGAAAAGCUUGACAAGUGUAAUAAAGAGAAGUUGUUGGAACUCUGUGACGUCCUUGACAUACCAGUUGCCAAGGCUACUACAAGGAAGGAAGAUAUCAUUACGAAGCUGAUAGACUUUUUGGUGGCUCCUUAUGCCACAACUGCUGUGCUGCUUGCGGAAAAAGAGAAGUCAAGUAAGGGUACAAAGCGCAAGAGGGGUAGCAAACAAAAUUCUUCAACUGCUGGGAAUACUCCUUCAAAGCGAUCCUCAAAGACACAAAGAAAGAGUGAGGAGACUUCAAAAUCAAAAAAGAGUACUGAUUCAGAAGAGGAGUCAGAAGAAGACAAGGAAGAGGAAGAAGAUGAAGAAAAGGAAAAUGAAAAUGAAAAUGGUGUUCCAGAAAAAUCUGAGGAUGAGAUGCCUGAGAAUUCUGAAAGUGAGGAGAAAAAUGAGUCUGAAGAUGAAUCUGAGGAAGAUGUAGGCAAGAAGAAAAAACAUUCAAAGGCAUCAUCCAGAAAGAGAGAUACUAACGAAAAAGCUAAAACCAAGAAAGCCACAGUUACCAAGAAAGCUACAGUUACCAAAACGUCCAGUCCACCACCAAAAGUAACAGCUAAAAGAUCAUCCUCAAAGCGUGCUAAGGCUAAUGAUGAUAACAAUGACGCUGCAAAAGCAUCUUCCAGGAAGAGAAAUGUGAAAGUACCAAAGGAGAAAUCCUCAACCCCAGCAAAAUCUGCCCCCAAGGAGAAAACUGGCAAAAAGGUUGUGAAAGGGAAGGAUAAAGGUAAAGAGGAAAAACUGAAGCCAACUGAUGAUGAGCUAAGAGAUGCAAUUUGUGAAAUUCUUAAAGAAGUGGACUUCAACACAGCAACGUUUACUGACAUUUUGAAGCUACUUGCUGAAAGAUUUAAUACGGAUCUGACCCCAAGGAAGUCAUCGAUAAAGCUCAUGAUUCAGGAAGAGCUUACCAAACUAGCUGAUGAAGCAGAUGAUGAAGAUGGAGAAGGUGAUGCUGGAAAAGAUGAAACCACACAAACUACCCAAUCAGUUGGCCAAGAGGUAGUAGCCUGAUGAACACACCAGUGACCAGAACAUAACUACAUGAAAAUAGCCCCUUUGUAUCCAUAUCCUCUGUUUAAAGCUGUUAACUAGUAAAGCCGAGCAAGCUUGUAACUUGGAGUAUUUUUAUUUUUCUUGUCAACCAAACAAAGGUUUACAGAACAUGUAGAGUAGCUGGAGCCACCCAAGUGGUACUUUGGGUUUGCAGUUUGAUGAUGUGUAGACAUUAUCAUAAAUUUGUAGGAAUAAUAUUUCUAUCUUAAUUUAAUCAAGCUUUAUGUGGAUU